UUUUGCAGUCUCAUCAGAGGCGAUUAGAAGAGCAACGUUGGAAUCAAAAUCUUCGACUUUGGACAAUAAUCCGCUCCAGUUACUCACCACAAUGCGUCCCAAAGGAGCCGGGGUUACUCAGCAUUAUGGUGGAUCUGAAACGGAGGCCAAUUCCAACCAAGCAGCUCACCACGGAAAUCAUGCCGGUCAGCCAAUAUUCCAUGGAGCUAGACCCUUUGGAGCAUCAAAUGGAAAUGGCAAAUUUAGAAAUCAGAAUACCAACAGAAACAAUGGCAAUGGUUCACACUUUCGAAACCAGAACAAUAACACAUUCGGAAGAUUCUACCCGCAGGGCUCCGUUCCGGUAGCUAGUUUUUAUCCACCGCCACCACCGAGGGUGUAUGGAGUACCAAAUGGGUUCAAUUUUGCACAUCAUAAUAACUACAUUCCAAUGAAUGCUCAUCGGCCGGGUCCGCCGUACUACACAUCUCCACCAGCCCAGUAUCCUCGCAUGAUCCCAGUUCCACAUUUGAAUGCUUACAACAUGCCACCUCCGGUAUUACCACUUCAACCACAAGGUUCUUCAAAUCAGAAGUUUUCGAACUCCUAUGGAAAUCACCGAUCAUCUCCAGCUCUAAUGAGCAACAAGCCACGACUUUUUGUGAAUCCCACACUGAUUUCACCACCGGAAGGUGAACUUCUUGAGUGGAAAAAUGGAGAUGGAUACUCGGAGUUUUAUGCACCUGCACCGCAUGACGGGCGUCUCAUUCCACUCGGAUUUCACAGUCAGCAAAUAGGAAAAGAUACAAAUUCUGAGGAUAGAAAGACACCGAAUACUACAGUUUCUUCAGCUGUUUUGUCGAAUUCCAACACAUCAGAUAGUAUUAAUACAUCAGAACAAAAUUUGGAAUCUCCAAGAACCAGUGAAGCAUCGGAUAUUUUGUCCACAAUCUCUACAUUCACUCAAGAAAAUGUUUCUGAAUUGCAAUCAAUAUCUCCGCCAUCCGAAGAAAAUGGUUCAUCCGAAAACCAAGAGCACAAUAAAAUUGGAUUUUAUAAAUUCAAUGGAAUCAACUUUCCAAUGAUUUCACGUAAAGAUCUUGCAAGCUCUUCUUUGGAACACUAUGGUAAUCUGAUGAAUGAUAUUGGAGGUUUGGUGAAAGCUUUCUUCCGAAAGCAUCCAGAUAUGUGGGAACUCGCUGACAGCACAAACCGAAUUGCAAUAUCAAAGGAAGACCAUGAUGAAACUCUUGAAUUCAACGAUGAAAAUUGUUCAAAACAGCAAACAGAAGAGGAAACGAAUAUGGUGAAAAUUGAUUAUUUUGUUCCUGAGAAGCCAAUUCGAGUUCCUAGAGAAGCAUUGAGCGAUUUUGAACAAGGAAUCAGACCAAUCAAUAAAAUGAACGGAGUUUUUGAGAAAUGUAUCAGUGACAAAUCAUCGUUGCUCAAUCUUCAAGCCAAUCAAAUAGAAAUCAAACUUGACGAACUGGAGCGUUUGCAAGUGGAAAACAUUAUGCAGUCGGGACAACAAACACACAUCAUUAUGUACACCGAGUUUCCUGGAGAAAACGAUGCCGAUCCAACAACUGCAAAUCAAACAGGUUCAACUGAUGGUACCAUCACUAGUGGCAUCCAAUCGCCGGUACCUACGCCGCCAGUCACCAAUGAACAUGAAUCACAGCGAUCCUCUCGGCUUUCCGAUUUUACAAAUCUUGCCGGAAAUAGUAAUAGGGGAAGAUCAUCCAGCAAUCUAGGAUGGUCAAGCACUACUCGAAAAGUUUAUCCACGUUGGAGCGAAAAUGAAGUAUCUGCUUCUAGACAAGAUCCGCAAAGUUCGAAUGGAAGAAUCCCAGGGACGUCUCAUAGACGUCUUCCGGAAAUCCCAGCGCAAUUCCGAAACAACUCUGGAGAGAGCACAUGGGCUCAGAUUGUGGGUUCAAGAGAAAAUGAGCCAACCGAAGCUCCACUCCGUCGGCGGCAUCAAUCACAAGACAGCACAAUGCGUGUAGACAACGGACGGUAUCGACAAUCAUGGACAAAUGAUCACACGCGUUUGAGGUUUAUUAUCCCAACCGAAACCGAAUUCAUGGCUCGGGUGCCGUUUCCACCGUACAGAAUUCCAUUGAUUGGAGUUGCACGAAGAAAUCCAGGGGAGAAUUAUGUUCCGCAACGCAUACUUCCCGCACACGAGAAUUUCGCAGCUUUUCGAAGACGUAUGCAAGAGAUGAGAAACAACGAUGAUGUAGGAGAUCCAGAUCAUGUUCGAGGUUCUGGACCAUUGAUUCUGGAGCCACGAGGUUACUGGUACCCAACUGACGAUGAAAUGGAGCUGUUGGAACGCCGGCAUCUGGAGAAAGAGGCACAGACAACAACGAACAAAGGAUCCAGUAAACAAGGCACAUAAAUAUUAUAUAUUGUUUCGAGAAAGUAAUAAAUGAUUUUUUUUCCAGAUAACAUUGAUUAUUUAUCAUCGAAAAUUGAAAGACAACUAGAAACUGUAAAGAAAGAAGAUAAGAAAAAUAGUAAUUCCGUAGACAGUUGUCGCAGUGAAUCGUCUCUUCCGAAUCACAACCAGAAUUCAGAUGAUGACGACGAACAGGACGGCAUCGGUAGAUCUGGAUUCUCUUCAUCUUGUUCCAAGUAUCAACAUUCUGUUGCAUCCUCGUCCGCGGGUGAUAAUAGCCAAACAACAAGCUCUUCAUGCUCUCAACCACCAUCUUCAAAACAGCGGCAACGUCCAGUGAGAGACACCACGCUGAAAAAUCGAAGAAGAAGAGAAAAGUGUUUAUUGAGAGCGCAGAAAAGGGAAGAAGAAAAGAUAACGGUGGAAAUAAAACGGUUUAAAGAUGAGAAGAGACUGGAAAAGUUGAAGCAGGCGGAAGAACGGAAGAACGGAAGAAAAGUGCAGAAAAUGCAAUUGAUGCACAGAAAGCAGCUACGGAGGAAAAUAUUCGAAAAGAGAAUGAACGUCGGAUUUUAGAGCAAGAAGAGCUGAAAAAUUUGAAAAAGAAGCUAUUAAAUAAGCUGAAUAAGGAGAAAAAGAAGAGAUCGAAAAAGUCCAGAUUUGAAGCUACCAAAAGUAAUAUCAAAGUUUCUCCAAACAUUGAUGAGUGUCCGGAUGAAAUUGAUCAAAGUGUAAUACAAAAGUUAUUAGAUGCAAAGUAUCUGCUAGAUCUCGAGAAUUCUAAUCGUUUGGAAAGGAAAUCAAGUUCAACAGUGCCAGAGAAAAAUGAAGAUGAACUGAGAGUGGAAAUUGAACCAAUCAUGAAAGAGCUCAGCGACUAUGAAUCUUUGGAUAUGAGAUCGAUUAGACACAGUGAGUUGUUAAAUGUUAUUGAAAAUAUGCUAAAACGAUAGAUAUAGGUAAGAAAAGGGUUUCGAGAAUUUUUUUUGAAUAUAGAAUCACAGGAAUUGAGUCGAGAAUUUAGAGAAUUGUCAAAAAUGUAAACAAAAGCUGCUAGACUGAUCUAAACUUUUCAAUUGAUUUAGUUCUCAGUAUUGCAGCGGCUGGAAAUUAAUUUUUCAAGUACUUCUCUUUUUUUAAAGUAACUAAAAAAACUAGGUGCAACUAUCAAUAUUUUCAAAUUAUCAUAGAGAAAAAACGAGCACUUUUCUAAAAAAAUAUUAUAUUUAAUUUAUUCGGUGAGUUGGUCACCACCUCUGAUAUUUUUAUCGUUGUUAUCGUCUUCCAUCAAAAGAGAAAGAGUACAGUUUGACAGGUAGAUCAACAAUUAAACAUUUCGUAACGUCUUCUAUGUAGUUAUAUCAUUGUUUAUUUUUGACAUUGCGUAAAUUGAAAGAUGACCAGAAAAGCAUCUCAAUCAACAAAAUAACACGUAAUAAACUGCAAAAACAUGCAUUAUAGGAUAAUAAUCAAAUGAAAAUUAAGUUUUGGACCAUUUUGGGUCUAAUAAGCAAAGACUCAAAUUUCGGUAUUCCACCUUAAAAAUCUUAACUUAAUUGUUUUGAAAUAAUUCCAAACUUAUGGCAAUUAAUUUCAUCUACAACUUUCACAAUUGAUACUCAAGAAAAUAGUAUUAUAAUCAAGAAAAAUCUUACUUCCUCCUGUUUUUCAUAAUUGUACAAUUUUCAGGAUCUGACAAAAUCGACUCAUACUUUGAUCUGGAUUCAGAGUUCCAUGACUACACUCGUGAACAAUUGAUUCUUCCAGAAGAAGGCCGGUUUAGAAAAACACACGAUAUUUGCAUUUUGAGGGAACUGGAAGCUAUAAAGAAUUACAAUCAAACUCUCGACUUGAAGCACGCUCGUGCUGUUCGCCAAUAUCAGUACUGGAAGGAUAACAUCUAUGACGAGCUUUCAUUGUUCAUCAAUUACAUUGUCGAAAUGGUCAAUGCGAUACCGAAAAAUCCGACUGUUGAACUGUUUGAAGAAUGGGCAAUAUUCAAAACUGAUAUUCCGCAAACUUACACAAUCGAGACCAUUUUGUAAUCUUGCCCACACAUUUCUCACUUGGUGAUCAAUUUUAAUUUGUGAUUCGUUUUUAUUACCCGUUGUUUCAUUUGAUCAAAUCACCCUUGUAAAUAGUGCAAUCGUCAUGAUACUUCCGGGUUUCAUGGGAAAUCCUAUUAAAAAUCUCAAUAUUUUAACUACUGUACAACA